AUGUUGGGGGGUGUCGUCUUUCUUGCUGUCGUCGCCUACUGCUCAGGAACGGAUCCAGUGCUGUGGGGUUCUCGCAUAGUGGCAACAGCCUCGGGACGCUCGCCGACCAUGCAUUUUCGGCUUCCCGAACAACCAGUGAUGAUGGCGUUUUGGAAAAGCGGUAGAAUUUCUCCGAUCACCAUUGUAGGUGGUGCUUGCUACCUGGAUGGUAGUGAGGAGGGUCGUCCCUGCCACAUAAGCAAAGAAAGCGUCAACAUCACUAUUGACGACGUGUUGAAGUUCGCGUAUUUGCACAUAAGGACGGCGACUUCGCUGUUCUCCACGGCAAUCUUUGUGCCGAGAUGCGCUUUCGAGGAGCCAGAGGAAGAUGAAGUUGACUUGAAGGCGUCGUUUCCGCUAUCACGAUUUCGGAAAGGACAUUCGCACGUGGAGCUGAAAUUUGCUGUUCGAGGUGCAAACGGUGAAUAUUGGGUACGUGUGUGUGCUUUUGUAGGCGCUCUAAACAGAUUGUUCAAGUGUGCUUACAAGACUUGCAGUUUCUCAUGA